AGGCGUCGUCUUCGGCAGUAUACAGAGUAGGACAUGUUGUCACUGGCCUGAAACUCGAUAAUCAGGGUCCCCCCAAGUGAAGCCGAAAUAAAACCAUUUCCUUCUGCACCCCGCGGCGAACACCUUCGGAUUCCCGACUGUACUUCUUUCCCAUGAGGCGGCAGCUCUCCUCCGUGAGAGAUCUCUUGUCAUAGUCUUGGGGGGUCCCCAAUAAUCACUUCCGGAUUGUUCCAACGUAAAGUCACGAGAACUCUUUAGGAGCUGAAAAAUCCAUGUGGGUCAAAUGAAGAGGUCGGGUAAGACCCGGCCGUCUCACAUUUGAAACGUUAUAAAACUCAUUUCUGCUUCGAAAUAACCGUUCUGCGGCCAUGAACACUGCUUUGAUUCGCUUGGAGGACUUUGAUAUAUCUCCUGACAUUGGCUUUCUUGGCAGUCAGCCCCAUCUUCAUCUCACAGGUGAAUGGAAAACAUGGGAAGACCUACUGGGAGAUGCCAUGGAACAAAAGCUCGUUCUGGGCGAGAAUCCUGCUUGUUCUGAGGCAACGUUAGCUGAAUCUGCUCGUUGGCGCGCGCGCGUUUGUGAGGCGCCUCUGUUGUCAGCUACCGCGCUCGACGAUUCAGUUCCAGCUCUCAAACGUGCCCACCAUGUACUAUCGUUCAUUCUACACUUUUAUGUACACACCUUACCCCACGAAAGUGCCAUCUAUAUACCUCCCUCGUUGUCUGUCCCAUUGGCGUACGUCUCUGACGUCCUUAAUAUACCCCCGGUGAUCACAUACUCUGAUCUGGUCUUAUACAACUGGACGACGGAUCCUUCCACUGGCAACACCUACUUUCCUUCCGCAUUUUCUGGCAAGGCUGACGAGCAAGCCUUUUACCGGGCGUCAGUCAUCAUUGAAUUGCGGGGUGCCGAAGCACUUGACCUCAUUCGCCAAAUUUCAGACAAUAUUCUCAUCGGCGCCGACGCCCAAAUCACCAAGUUACUAACACGCAUAUCUGUUCUUAUUAACGACUUUAAGAAGGUACUCCUCGACCUGCGGAAAGACUGCGAUCCCGAAGCGUACUACCAGGAGGUGCGGCCCUGGUUGCGGGGCGAGGAUUCGCUGCCUAAUCGGAAGUGGACGUUCCAAGGAUUGACAGGUGAUUCCGGCGAGGCAUUCAAGGAGCUUUCAGGCCCAAGUGCGGGCCAGAGUACGCUUAUUCAUGCACUGGAUAUAUUCUUGGGGAUAAAUAACCAUCUUGCGAAUGGAACUCCAUCGCUUUUUGGGAGGAUGCAACGUUACAUGCCCCGGGAGCAUCGACUGUUCCUGUCUCAUCUAUCGUCCGCCCCUCGGUCUCUGAGAGAUUUUAUCACAGAGUCAAAUCAUCGAGAGUUGACGGAUGCGUACAAUAACGCAGUCUUGGCGUUGAAAGCAUUUCGGGAUACACACUUGAUCAUCGCGACACUGUAUAUCGUUGUUCCAGCCAAUAGGGCAAGGGAGAGAGCUUCGAUGGAUAUCGAAUACGUUGGAACGGGUGGCACUGGGUUGGUAUCAUUUCUGAAAGGAAUCAGAGACCGUACGAAGGAGAGUGUGCUGCCUACUGAACAAGGAUCGUAAUCAUCUCAUCAACUUUCUUGCAUUUCCAUAUUGACGUGUUAUUUACAUGGAGCAUCUAUUGGCGUUGGGAGAUGUACGACUUAGCAACAAUGUCGCGUCGCCCUCUUUCAUGGUAUGAAACCGAUGUGGUCCUUGAGUACCUCUU